UCCAUUUUGACAACCACCCACUUUGUGUUGCACGAGAUUCACGUUCUUUACUUUGAAAUAUGUAACUUCAUUAUAUAAGCCCAUACCGGAACAACUUCCCCAAUCCAUUCAACAUCCAAAACCAGUAAACGAAGCAGAGGAGAGAGUGAACUGAAAAAAGAAACCAUGCCGGAAGAAGAAAUCCCCGUCGUGGAUCUAAGUAACCCCGACGAGGAACAAGUGGCGCGUGCGGUGGUGAAAGCGAGCGAAGAAUGGGGGAUUUUCCAGGUGGUUAACCACGGGAUCCCGGCGGAGCUUAUACGACGGCUCAAGGAGCUAGGAACAGAGUUCUUCGAGCUCCCGGAGACGGAGAAAGAAGCGGUGGCGAGACCAGCUGACUCAACAGACCUCGAAGGAUACACAACGGAUUACAAGAAAGAUGGACAAGGCAGAAAAACAUGGGCCGAUCAUCUCUUCCACAGGAUCUGGCCUCCCUCGAGAAUCAGCUACAGAUUCUGGCCUAAAAACUCCCCAGAUUACAGGGAGGUGAAUGAGGAAUACGCAAAGCAGAUAAAGGAGCUAUCGGAGAAACUCAUGGGGUGGUUAUCUGAAGGGUUAGGGUUACGUCGUGACGCGUUGAAGGAAGGUCUCGGCGGAGAUACGGUGGAGUAUCUGAUGAAGGUCAUCUUCUAUCCGCCGUGUCCAGAUCUCAGCCUGCUCUUCGGAGCUCCGCCUCACACUGAUCUCAAUGGACUCACAUUCUUAAUCGCUAAUGAGGAAGAAGGACUUCAAGCAUACCAGGAUAACAACUGGGUCGACGUCAAGUAUGAUGACUCCAGGAUCGUCGUCAUCGUCGCCGAUCAAAUCAGGAGGAUGAGCAAUGGGAGGUAUAAGAGUGGGCAGCAUAGAGCGACGAUGGAUACGGAGAGGACGAGAAUCUCGUGGCCGGUUUUUGCGGAACCGAACCUUGAUCACGUCGUCGGACCUUUGCCGGAGCUAAUCUCCGGCGAAGAUAACGCUCCCAAAUUUAAGCCUUAUGUCUACAGAGACUACAAAUUCCUUAAGAUGAACAAUCUUCCUCUCGACUGAGAUCAAAUCUCAUAAUCCAGAAACAGAGGAGAGAUGAUGAUGAACAACUGUUUCCUUUUUUUUUUUGGAUUAUUGCGUCUCGGUCUUGUCUGCUUUAAUGAUUGAUGUUCAUGUUUCAGUUAAUUAUGUCUUGUAUGUGUGUAAAUUUUAAUGGUGACAUUUAUAUAUCAUUGUUAUUAUGCAUUGAAUUUUGCUUU